CCAUACCCUUGCUGUAUAAAACCCUUGGAAGAUUACGGACGCUCUCUUUUACUUUCUUUCUUUCUCUUCUUCAUCGAUUUUGGUCUGAAACUGAAAAAUAGAAGAAACGGCAAUAAUGGCGGAGGUGAAACCUGAGAUUGAAGUAACUGAAGGAGAAGUAGCACCAGUACCAGAAGUGGCGGCUGAGAAAAAACCAAAUCGAUUAGAUAGGAGAUGGACGUUGUGGUGUGAUAAUCAAUCCAAACCUAAACAAGGUGCUGCUUGGGGUAGUUCUCUUCGUAAGGUGUUUACCUUUGACACUGUGGAGGAUUUCUGGUGUUUGUAUGAUCAGAUAAUUAAGCCUAGCAAGUUGGUUGGAAAUGCUGAUUUCCAUUUAUUCAGAGAUGGGGUUGAACCCAAGUGGGAAGAUCCGGAGUGUGCUAGUGGUGGCAAGUGGUCUGUAUCAUGCAAAAGGGCUAGUCUUGACUCCAUUUGGCUAGAAACUUUGAUGGCUCUGGUUGGAGAGCAAUUUGACGAGGGCGAUGAAAUCUGUGGUGCUGUUGCCAGUGUGCGAACGAGGCAGGACAAGGUCGCACUUUGGACUAGGACAGCAUCCAAUGAAGCGACUCAGAUGAGCAUUGGAAGGAGAUGGAAAGAUAUUAUUGACGUUACUGACAAGAUUUCAUAUAGCGUUCAUGAAGAUGCUAAAAGGGAAAGAUCAGUGAAAAGUCGAUACAGUGUUUAAGCAUUCUUAGAUCAUUUGGUUCUGAGAAUCUAUGAAUUUUGCUUUUUCAUCUUUCAAUGAGAGAACAUUGUGCUUACAUUUACAAAAUUAACGAACAUUGGAUGUAAUGAAUUAAUGUUAAAUUCAAGUUUGGUGUUUGAGAUUGAUUUCUAAUUUAAGGUUCGUUUAACGAGUUUGUCUUA